AUGGCCUACAAGUUCACCCUAGUUUGCUGCGCCCUGCUCGGAGCUUCGGCUGCCAGCUACAUCCCUCAUUCUGACUACCAACAUGGUCAUGGCCAUGGUCACGAGGUUGGCUUCAGCAUUCACACCCAUCACGAGGCACCCAAGAAGUGGCACAGCCAGGAGCACGAUCAUUGGGCACCAGCCCCACAACAACAUUACCAUGUGCCAGCUGCUCCAGUGCAUCAUUGGGCCCCAGCACCACAGCACCACCAUGUGGCCGAGGAGCCCCAUCACCACCCCAAAUACCAGUUCGACUAUGGCGUCAAGGAUACCAAGACUGGCGACAUCAAGAACCAGUGGGAGACUCGUGAUGGCGACAAGGUCAAGGGUGGCUACACCAUGAAGGAGGCUGAUGGACGCACUCGUGUCGUGGAAUACACUGCCGAUGACCACAAUGGCUUCAACGCAGUCGUCAAGCACAUCGGACAUGCCCACCACGAAGAGCACAAGUCUUACGAUCAUGGCUACCACGGACAUGGACACGGAUACGGUCAUGCCACCAGCUAUGUGGAUGUCAAGCAGGAUACAGGCAGCAAAUGGUGGUAG